GUUCUUAACAUUGUUCAAAGCUCAAAAUCAUCAUCAUGUUGGCAUGUAGAAGAGAAAGAUGCAUGCAAUGUGGAAGGCCUGUGUUGGUGCCAGUGCAAGGCUAUUAUGUUUCCGUUCUGUGUUAUGGCUGCCAAGACUAUUCACAACCACAACCUAACUACCUUUUACCAAAUAGAACUUCUCCCUACAUCGAUUUGGCUCCUGGCUUUCCGAGGCCUUGCCCGCCCCAGCCACCGCCACCUCCUGCUUCUCCAUAUGGUAAGAAGAGGGCUGUGUUGUUUGGUAUUAGCUAUGGUAAGCGAGUUAACAAGAUCAAAGGUGCUGUGAAUGAUGCUCACUGCAUGAAGUACUUUCUCAUUGACAAGUUGGGUUUCCCUACCGAUUCCAUUCGCUUGCUCACAGAUGAUCCGGAGGAGAGAAACCCACUAAGGAUCCCAACAAAGCACAACAUGAGAAUGGCGAUGAGGUGGUUGGUAGAAGGUUGCCGGCCAGGGGAUUCAUUGCUGUUCUACUACUCCGGUCACGGAUCCAGAGAAGUGGAUCAUGACAUGGAUGAGCUUGAUGGGUAUGACGAAGCAAUCUGCCCUGUUGAUUAUGAGCAUGAGGGAAAGAUAAUUGAUGAUGAGAUCAACGCAACAAUCGUCCGCCCUCUGCCACGUGGCGCCAAGCUCCACGCCCUUGUUGAUACAUGCUUUAGCGGCACUGUUCUUGAUUUACCCUUCAUGUGCAGGAUGAACCGGAAAGGUUAUUAUGGAUGGGAAGAUCACAGAACCCGGAGAGGUGCAUUCAAAGGCACAAGUGGAGGAGUAGCUGUUUGCAUUUCAGCUUGUGAUGAUGAUGGAAAUGCAGCCGAUACAUCGGCAUUUAGCGGCAUGGAAAGUGCAGGAGCUUUGACUUACAAUUUCAUUCAAGCCAUGCAAGGUGAAGCUAAAAUGACUUAUGGGCGCUUGCUGAAUGCCAUGCGGUCUACAAUCCGCAAUGCUAAGGAAGGACAUUUUGGUCAUCAAGCUGAAGAGUAUGGCUAUGGCAGAAUGGACUCUCGCCUGCACUAUGCUCAUGAGCCACAAUUAUCGUCAUCUCACAUGUUUGAAAUCUAUUCAAAGCCCAUUUUACUGUGACAAAAGAAACAGGGCAACUACUAUAUUAUUACCAUAACCGAAAUAGCCGUUGCCUCACUGUGUUAGCUAACCAAUAAGCUAGCAAGUUUUUUUAUGAUGAAGUUUCUAAUGCAGUUGUAAUUUAAGCAAAACCCUUUUAUAUAUAUAUAUUGCAGUCUGUGGUGGCUAAGUGUUGUUCGUGGCUAUGGUGGCUAAAA